AAAAAAAAAUGAAUUAAAGUAAAAAAAAUAAUUGAUAAAUAUAAUAUUAUUUAUUAUUUUUCAAAAGAUAGUAGUCGAUAAGGUAGGAAAUAAUUCUAUCAAAAGUUUGAUGCGCAUGUGCAGUUGAGAACAGUAAAUCAUUAAAAUGGCCGAUCUCAAUAAAGAGUUAAAUGAGUAUCUUUUAAAAAGUAAAAAUGACGAACAAUGUAAAAUAUCCAUGGAGGCAGAUUCCUCACAGGAUUUUAUAAAAUUGCAUGGAAUAACACAUACAAAUAGCGUAAAACAAACAUGGUAUAAUAGACUCGGAGAAGAAUAUUUUUGUAGUAUGACAAGUAAACAAAGAAUCGCAGCCUUUGCAUUAUGCUGUUUCUCGGGAUUUUUGUGCUUAUUAUUAUCUGCAUGUUAUUUGCCUGUACUUCUUAUACAUCAAAGAAAAUUUGUCGGAUUAUAUACCUUAGGAAGUAUAUUACUGUUAUUAAGUUUGUGCUUUCUGUGGGGCCCGCGUAAUUAUAUACAGUCUUUACUUGCGCCUAAAAGAAGAUACUAUGCGCUAUUUUAUAUUGCAAUGUUGAUAACUACAUUGUAUUGUACGAUCUGUUUAAAAUCAUUGGUGUUGACAUCAUUGUGCUGCUUGUUAGAAUCCAUUGCUCUGGUUUCAUUUCUUAUAUCGAGUAUGCCAGGUGGAACUGCUAGCCUAUCUUUGGCCAGCAAACUUUGUAGCAGAAUGUGCAAAUCAUCAAUUGGUUCUACACUCUCUAUAUGAUAUCAUAUCUUAGGUACUGAGUAUUACUCAUUUAUAAUAUUAAGAAAUGUUUAUUUUUGUAGUAUUAUAAUUAUAAUAUUAACAAAUUUUUGUACAAAGCAUUUGAAUCUAUAGUUUUCAAAGACUGUUUAAUCUUAUUCUAUCAUUGUUAACGCAUAUCUAUGCAUCUGUUUGUACAUAUUACAUUAAUACAUUCAUUUUCAUAUA